AUGCGCGCGACGACGACGACGACGACGACGACGACGGGCGUGGGGGCGCACCGCGCGCUCGCGGCGCGACGGGCCGUGGGUGGGACAUCGGUGCGGGGCAUCGGGGCGACGAUGCGACCGGUCGUCGGACGCGUGGUGACCGAGACGCGGGCGUUUUUUAACUUUAACUCUGGGUACGCGGAGAAGAACGCGCGGGGGGUGAAGGAGUUCCAAAAGGCUGGGUCUAAGCGCGUGUACCCGGUGUACGACGUGCAGAAGCUGUCGGGGUCGCGCCCGAAGGCGAAGCCAAAGGCGAAGCCGUCGACGGCGAAGAAGAACGCGGCGGCCAAGUCGGGGCUCUUCUCGUUCGGGACGACCAAGCCGACGGUGAAGAAGCCAUUGGUGAAGAAGCCAUUGGUGAAGAAGCCGAUGGCGAAGAAGCCGAUGGCGAAGAAGCCGAUGGUGAAGAAGCCGUUGCUGUCGACCAAGCCGAAGGCGAAGCCGAUGAUGGUUUACAACAAGAAGCCCGCGUUCAAGCCGGCAGUGGCGAAGACAAGACCCGUGUCGUCCUCCUCUUCGAGAUCACUCGAGGAGACAGCCAAUCUCGGUUUCAUCGCCAUCAUCGCCGGCAGUUUCCUCCUGUCGGUGGCAAUCCUUCCGGGUGUCGCGGACGUCGCGCUGGAGAGUAUCGGCAUCGCGUACACGCUCUAUUUCACCUACAACUAUCUGCUCUUCGAAGAAAGCCGAAAUGAGUUUAGAAACACGCUGGAUCAGUUUGCCAACGGUACGGGCAUCGAUAUCCCCGCGUUCUUCGACGGUGUCAUCAGCGCCGUGUCAAGCGUCACGGACAAGCUGUCCGAGCCAAAGAGCUACCCCAAGAAGACUGUCGUCGUCCCGGUCAGUACCGAUCUGGUUUCCAGCGAUUCUGCUGAUGACGAUGACAAAAUGAAGAAGAAGAAUAAAAAUGAGAACAAAAAUGAGACGAAUUGA